GAGCAGGAUGCUGCGGCGGCGGGCCCAGGAAGAGGACAGCACCGUCCUGAUCGAUGUGAGCCCCCCUGAGGCAGAGAAGAGGGGCCCUUACGGGAGCACAGCCCACGCCUCGGAGCCAGGUGGACAGCAAGCGGCCGCCUGCAGAGCUGGGAGCCCUGCCAAGCCCCGGAUCGCAGACUUCGUCCUCGUUUGGGAGGAGGACCUGAAGCUAGACCGGCAGCAGGACAGUGCCGCCCGGGACAGAACAGACACGCACAGGACCUGGAGGGAGACUUUUCUGGAUAAUCUUCGUGCGGCUGGGCUGUGUGUAGACCAGCAGGACGUCCAGAACGGGAACACCACAGUGCACUACGCCCUCCUCAGUGCCUCCUGGGCUGUGCUCUGCUACUACGCCGAAGACCUGCGCCUGAAGCUGCCCUUACAGGAGUUACCCAACCAGGCCUCCAACUGGUCGGCCGGCCUGCUGGCGUGGUUGGGCAUCCCCAACGUCCUCCUGGAGGUUGUGCCAGACGUGCCCCCCGAGUACUACUCCUGCCGGUUCAGAGUGAACAAGCUGCCACGCUUCCUCGGGAGUGACAACCAGGACACCUUCUUCACAAGCACCAAGAGGCACCAAAUUCUGUUUGAGAUCCUGGCCAAGACCCCGUACGGCCACGAGAAGAAAAACCUGCUUGGGAUCCACCAGCUGCUGGCAGAGGGUGCCCUCAGUGCCGCCUUCCCCCUGCACGACGGCCCCUUCAAGACGCCCCCAGAGGGCCCGCAAGCUCCACACCUCAACCAGCGCCAAGUCCUUUUCCAGCACUGGGCACGCUGGGGCAAAUGGAACAAGUACCAGCCCCUGGACCACGUGCGCAGAUACUUCGGGGAGAAGGUAGCCUUCUACUUCGCCUGGCUCGGGUUUUACACAGGCUGGCUCCUGCCAGCAGCGCUGGUGGGCACACUCGUGUUCCUGGUGGGCUGCUUCCUGGUGUUCUCAGACAUACCCACGCAGGAACUGUGUGGCAGCAAGGACGGCUUUGAGAUGUGCCCACUUUGCCUCAACUGCCCUUUCUGGCUGCUCUCCAGCGCCUGUGCCUUGGCCCAGGCCGGCCGGCUGUUCGACCACGGCGGCACCGUCUUCUUCAGCUUGUUCAUGGCACUGUGGGCCGUGCUGCUCCUGGAGUACUGGAAGCGGAAGAGCGCCACGCUGGCCUACCGCUGGGACUGCUCCGACUAUGAGGACAUCGAGGAGAGGCCUCGGCCCCAGUUUGCCGCCUCAGCCCCCAUGACAGCCCCAAACCCCAUCACGGGUGAGGACGAGCCCUACUUCCCUGAGAGGAGCCGCGCGCGCCGCAUGCUGGCCGGCUCCGUGGUGAUCGUGGUGAUGGUGGCCGUGGUGGUCAUGUGCCUCGUGUCUAUCAUCCUGUACCGCGCCAUCAUGGCCAUCGUGGUGUCCAGGUCGGGCAACACCCUCCUCGCAGCCUGGGCCUCUCGCAUCGCCAGCCUCACAGGGUCUGUAGUGAACCUCGUCUUCAUCCUCAUUCUCUCCAAGGUCUAUGUGUCCCUGGCCCACGUCCUGACACGAUGGGAAAUGCACCGCACCCAGACCAAGUUUGAGGACGCCUUCACCCUCAAGGUGUUCAUCUUCCAGUUCGUCAACUUCUACUCCUCACCCAUCUACAUUGCCUUCUUCAAGGGCAGGUUUGUGGGAUACCCAGGCAACUACCACACCUUGUUUGGAGUCCGCAACGAGGAGUGCGCGGCUGGAGGCUGCCUCAUCGAGCUGGCACAGGAGCUCCUGGUCAUCAUGGUGGGCAAGCAGGUCAUCAACAACAUGCAGGAGGUCCUCAUCCCGAAGCUAAAGGGCUGGUGGCAGAAGUUCCGGCUUCACUCCAAGAAGAGGAAGGCAGGAGCUUCUGCAGGGGCUAGCCAGGGGCCCUGGGAGGCCGACUAUGAGCUUGUGCCCUGUGAGGGUCUGUUCGACGAGUACCUGGAAAUGGUGCUGCAGUUCGGCUUCGUCACCAUCUUCGUGGCCGCCUGUCCGCUCGCGCCGCUCUUCGCCCUGCUCAACAACUGGGUGGAGAUCCGCUUGGACGCGCGCAAGUUCGUCUGCGAGUACCGGCGCCCGGUGGCCGAGCGCGCCCAGGACAUCGGCAUCUGGUUCCACAUCCUGGCGGGCCUCACGCACCUGGCGGUCAUCAGCAACGCCUUCCUCCUGGCCUUCUCGUCCGACUUCCUGCCGCGCGCCUACUACCGGUGGACCCGCGCCCACGACCUGCGCGGCUUCCUCAACUUCACGCUGGCGCGCGCCCCGCCCUCCUUCGCCGCCGCGCACAACCGCACGUGCAGGUAUCGGGCUUUCCGGGAUGAUGAUGGACAUUAUUCCCAGACCUACUGGAAUCUUCUUGCCAUCCGCCUGGCCUUCGUCAUUGUGUUUGAGCAUGUGGUUUUCUCCGUCGGCCGCCUCCUGGACCUCCUGGUACCUGACAUCCCAGAGUCUGUGGAGAUCAAAGUGAAGCGGGAGUACUACCUGGCUAAGCAGGCGCUGGCCGAGAAUGAGGCUCUUUUUGGAACGAACGGAGCAAAGGAUGAGCAGCCCCAGGGCUCAGAGCUCAGCUCCCACUGGACACCCUUCACGGUUCCCAAGGCCAGCCAGCUGCAGCAGUGACGCCUGGAAGGACAUCUGGUGGUCCUUAGGGGAGUGGCCCCUGCUGAGCCCUUCGAGCAGCAUCCUUUUCGUCUUCCCUCAGGCAGUGGCUGUGUGAACCGCUGGCUGCUGUUGUACCUCAUCUCUGGGCACAUUGCCUGCUUCCCUCCAGCGCUGGCUUCUCUCCUCAGAGCGCCUGUCACUCCAUCCCCGGCAGGGAGGGACCGUCAGCUCACAAGGCCCUCUUUGUUUCCUGCUCCCAGACAUAAGCCCAAGGGGCCCCUGCACCCAAGGGACCCUGUCCCUCGGUGGCCUCCCCAGGCCCCUGGAUGCGACAGUUCUGAUCAGACAGGUGGGCUUUGUGGUCCUUGCCACCCCGGCCACAUCACCCUCUCCUCUUAUACCUGGUGACCUUAGAAUGUUGCAGAGCGCAGGGCUGUUCUCCCUCGUGUCCUCUGGACCCACCCGCCUCUUCCUGCCCUGUCCGCGCAGGGACAUCACCCAUAUGCCCCAGCUCUCGGACCCUGCAGCUCUGUGUCCCAGGCCACAGCAAAAGUCUGUUCAACCCCUCCCUCCAUUCCCAGUUAUCUGGGUCCUCUGGAUUCUUCUGUUUCUUGAAUCAGGCUCUGCUUUCCCCCUAGCCACUACAGGCAGCCUCUGACAGUGUCGCUUUAAUUGCAUUCUGCAGCAAUUACAUGUGUCCUUUUGAUCCUUGCUCAACUUCCCUCCCUCUCCCAGCUCCUGGCCCCUGGCCCAGGGCCCCUCUUGCUGUUUUUACCUCUGUUCCUUGGGGCCUAGUACACAGCAAGCACCCAAAUGGGGGAGAUUUUGGGAUGAGGAGGAAACGUGUAUACCUGUAACAUCUGGUGGCUCUUCCCCCAGAAGUUUGUGUUUACACAUAAUUGUUUUCCACGCUGGAUCAUAAUGUGACGUGCAGUUUCGCCCUGUGCUGAGGAGCCACGUGAACCUUCCCCUGGCUAACUGUUGCUACCCCGCAACAUUCCCAGUGUAGCCGUCCACUUGCUAAAAAAUGGAUCUGUGCUCAUCUGUAUUGAUUUCCUUGGAGUUCUACAAGUGGAACUUGAGUGUCAAAAAGAAUACGUGGUUUUUGGCUGAGCGUGGUGGCUCACACCUGUAAUCCCAGCACUUUGGAGGCUGAGGCGGGAGGAUUACAAGAUCAGGAGUUCAGGACUACCCUGUCCACCAUGGUGAAACCCCAUCUUUACUAAAAAUACAAAAAUUAUUCUGGGUGUGGUGGCAGGCAUCUGCAAUGCUACUUGGGAGGCUGAGGCAAGAGAAUCGUUUGAACCCGGGAGGCGGAGGUUGUAGUGAGCUGAGAUCACGCCACUGCACUACAGCCUGGGCAACAGAGCGAGACUCCGUCUUGGGAACACAUACACACAAAAAGAAUAUGUGGUUUUAAUGUGCUUUGAUGAGUACUGCCAAACUUACUCCACAUAAAAGGCCUCUUUCUCAACAUCCUCACCUGCGUUCUAUUUAACCCACCGUGAUGCCUGGCCUGAGGGCAGCGUGCUUGCUUGUAGCAUUUCUUUAGGAUUUGCCACUUGUUCACCUGCCUCUUAGGAGCACUGUGCUCUGCCUCCAUGGAAGGCCUCUUCCGGCAGGGACGAGGGCUCACAGGGUCCCGGGGCUGGACACUACCGGCCAGAGCAUGGCGGACGGCACACACAGCCCGGGGCGGGAACCUUGGAAACUUUACACAGACGGGGAGCUCAGCCAUUCCACGUGUGCUUUCGCUCAGCAGUGCUUAUUACAAACCCACGUGUACUUCCUUCCAGCUGGUUGCUUUUUAUUGUUGCUGUCUUAAACUCCAAAGUUUUAAGGUGAAUUUAUUGAAACGUAAGAAAAUGCUCAGGUCAUACAGGCUUCCAGGUGAACAAACUGUUGUAACCAGCACGUGGGUAAAAGGCAAGUUCCACAUCACCCGAUGUGGAAGCUCCCUGAUGCCCACGUGCACCCUACCCUGUGACCCUCUCCCAUCCAGAGUAGCCGCCACCUCGGCCACCAAGCAGGGAUGGAACUGGGGACUUUGUGUUUGGCGUCUGCUGUGGGACACCGCGCGAGCUCCAUCUGUGCCAAGCAUCCAUCUCAGCCCCUCCUGGCUGCUGGGCUGCUUCAUGUUUGGCUUGGGGUCAUUUUGCAGUUGUGUGCUUUGCUGUGGGUUGCAUAUUUAGGGCCCAACAGAACUGUUGGGUCGGGGUAAACAUGUUCGGCUUUUUUCUUUUUGAGAUGGAGUCUCACUCUGUCGCCCAGGCUGGAGUGCCGUGGUGCGAUCUCAGCUCAUUGCAAGCUCCGCCUCCCAGGUUCACGCCAUUCUCCUGCUUCAGUCUCCCGAGUAGUUGGGACUACAGGCGCCCGCCACCACGCCCGGCUAAUUUUUUGCAUUUUUAGUAGAGACGGGGGUUUCACCGUGUUAGCCAGGAUAGUCUCAAUCUCCUGACCUCGUGAUCCGCCCGCCUCAGCCUCCCAAAGUGCUGGGAUUACAGGCGUGAGCCACCGCACCCGGCCAACAUGUUUGGCUUUAAGAGGAACUGUCACACCCAUCUUCCCAGGUGGGAACCAGCCCAGUCAGCAGCAGGGACACCAAUUCCCUCUUGACUCUUCCCGGUAUCUCCUGCCACUCAGGUGACUGGGGUGGCUCCUCCCACUCAACGUCCCCUCCCUCCUCCUCCUCCAGCCGAGGCCUCCGCCUGCACCCCCCGCCCCCCAACUCAGUUCGUCAUAACUGACGAGCUGGGUCCAGGGUGCCAGGAAUGCCACUGAGGCUGGGAGUGAGUCCUAAAAGGGAGUGGCAGGUGCUGCUCCACAAGGACAGUUGUCCACCCUCAACGAGGAGGGCUGCAGGGCAGCUGCUGACUGGCUGGCGGCCAGAGGACAGGGACAGGCAGCCACCCUCUUGCCAUGUCCACACCUGGGGUCUCCCUCAAUGUGGCUGUCAAGGGGCCGUUGAACAGUGUCGAGAACUGCUGAGAAAAUCCCACCAAAGACGAACUACCCACGGAUGCCAGUCACCACUCCAGGGUGACGAGAAAGAGAACACACAGGCGGCAGUGUGACAAAAUGAGUCCCAGCAUGCUACAUCUGGUUUCGGGUUUUAUUUUAGAAUUUAUAAAAUUCCAGUGUCAUCCAUA